CCUGUGCUUGCUUUCCCUCAGGGAACAGCGACAGAAGGACUCAGCCAAGAUGGCAGCAAACAGUUUCCCCAAGGACAUGGACUAUAGACAAGAGGCCUUGCAGGACAAAGCCACAACUAAGACGACGCCAGCGGACCAAUCCACGUCAUCAAACAGCGGCCAUUCCUCCUCCCUCUCUUCUUCUCAGAGCCUAAACUCUGCAGCCGGUUCUUUAGGGUCUGCCCCCUCCAGCAUGUCAUCUUCCUCCUCAUCGGCGGCGCAGGGGCCUCAGUGCGUGCAGUCGCAGUCGUCCGCGCUGCUUCAGGACCCGGCCCUCCUGCACCAGCUCCUUCCGGCUCUGCAGGCCACUCUGCAGAUGAACAACGGCAGCAUGGACAUGGCCAAGCUCAACGAAGUCUUGGCCGCUGCUGUCACCCAAGCUUCCUUGCGGUCUGUGCUUCAUAAGCUCCUUGCUGCUGGACCUGCUUUCAACGUCUCUGCUCUGCUCUCCGCUGCUCAGCACUCCAACCAAGCACCGCACUCCAGUCAGUCCCCGGUCUCUAUGACGACGGACGCCUCGUCCCCGCGCCCGUAUGUCUCGCCACGGAACGGCACGCCCCAGAACAACCAGAAGCCCCAUCAGGGGAUGCAUAUCGGCAGCAUCACGCCAUCACAAAGCAGAGGCGGCAUGCUUUCUGGAAAGCAGGGAUCAUUGUCUUUGUGUCAGGCGGCAGACAAGCGACCAGAGGACCCAAGGACUCUGCAGCAGAGAAGCCAGGAGAUGCUGUGCUCGGGACCAAACCUCUCUGCUUUGCCCCAUGCGCCCUCCAGCAGCGGCGGCCAAACCCAGUCAGACCCCCCCGGCUCCUUCACUCCCACCCUGGCAACGCAUUUCGAUGAAAACCUCAUCCGACACAUCCAAGGGUGGCCUUCAGAGAACACUGAGAAGCAGGCGGCUCGGUUGCGAGAGGACCUCCACAACAUGGGCAGCCUGUACAUGUCUGAAAUCUGCACAGAGAUGAAAAACCUGCGCUCUCUGGUCAGAGUGUGCGAGAUCCAGGCUACGCUGAGGGAGCAGAGAGUCCUGUUCCUGAGGCAGCAGAGCAAAGAGCUGGAUAAACUGAAGAACCAGAACUCCUACAUGGUGUGAGGACCUGAGAAAGUCUGCGAGCAACAACAAAGAAAAAAAAAAGCUGAAAUAUGGACAGCAAGCUGCUCCUGCCUGUUUCCUUUCUCUGCUGUUUCAAACGGCUGCAGACGAGUCUUUUUUUCUUUUUCCUCCCCUUUUUUUUUUUCAUUUUUUUUUUUAAA